AUGUCCCAAACCAUUUCGUCAUUACUGGGCCGAGGCCAUCAAAAUAAUUUUAAACUUACGGAAAAACAGAAAUCCAUAAUGAUCGGCAGUGAUGACUCAUGUCGUAAAGGAUUCAUAUGCAGCGAGACGUAUCUUGCACCAUUUCACUGUCGAAUUUAUUUACAGCAUGAUAAAAUACACGGCUGGAAAACUUUCAUUCAGGAAAAAGCCAUGAACCCACAAAGAUAUGUAACUAUGGUCAAUAAGGAUAGACUGAAAAUGCGUGAAACACGUUGGUUGUGGGAUGGUGAAGAAGUUCAAAUCGGAAGGGGAGAUAAUUUGGAAAAUUUGUUAAGUUUUGUAUUCCAAAAUGAUCUUGUGAGAGGAAAUAAAAUGAAAAUGAUAGAGGUCCCAAAAUAUUUAAGAGAACGAUUCAAUAAUUGUCAAGAUGACAUAGGCUUUGGUGCGCAUUCGGUCAUACAUCGCGCAUUUGAGACAAAACUUGGGGAAACAAGGGAAUGCGUGUGCAAAGUCGUUACUUUAACGAAAAAAGUCUCAAAAGAAUGUUUUGAAAAACUGUGUCAAGAACCCAAACUACUUGAUUCGUUAAAUCACUCUAAUAUCAUAAAAGUUCUUGGAUAUCAUAUAGGGAAUAACCCGGACCGGUUACUAAUUUGGCAAGAAAAGAUGUAUUGUGAUUUGGAAAAAUAUUUUCAAAGGGAACAAAUAAUUAACCCAAAAAAAUGGUAUAAUAUAUCGUUUCAAGUGUUAGAUGCACUAAAAUAUUUACACGACAAAGGUAUCGUGCAUCGCGACAUAAAGCCAGAAAACAUAAUGUGGACAAACACCAAUUUUUCGGUAUUGAAAUUAAUUGAUUUUGGACUCGCUAAAAAUUACAAAAACGAAACCGAAAGAGAUAAUGAACAGGUCGGAACGCCUCUUUAUAUCCCUCCAGAAAUUUAUCGCGCGUCAUUUACCGAGAUCAAUGAUCUUUACAAACCACCGGUUGAUAUUUGGGCUUUCGGAAUUUUAUCAUUUAGAUUUUUAACUGGUCAAAACCCAUUUUUUGAGAAGGAAAAGGUUGAUAUAAAUGCGGUACGAGAUAAGGUCCUCAAAGAAGGAAUUUCCAAAGUACCAUUAAUGGAGAGACGAAUAAAUGAGCGAAUAAUCGAAUUGAUAAUCGAACAACUGCUGGAUUAUGAUCCCAAAAGUAGAGUGACAGCAAAUGAGGUAAUGGGUAUUUUAACAAACUUGCAAAAGUUAUUUGAAUAA